GUGGUGAACAGAGUUGUGUGUAACACCGGCGCCGUGACCGUUUAGUGAUCAGCGCUCAACAUGCUGCACUCCGAGCUUAGCUUAGCUUAGCCUAGUCUAUAGUGUAAUGUAGUGUAAUGCAGUGUAAUGUAAUGCAGUGUAAUGUCGCCGGUUCUGUGGAAUAUGCGGAUUAGAGAGAAAAGACAGUGAGUUUGUAGAUUUUCUCCUGAAGCCGGACUGGACUGCAGUGAGGGGAAGAAAAGAUGGCUGGGAUUAUUAAAAAACAAAUCCUCAAACAUUUAUCCAGGUUUACGAAGAACCUUUCUCCAGAUAAGAUCAACCUGAGCACGCUGAAGGGAGAAGGUCAGCUGUCCAACCUGGAGCUGGAUGAGGAAGUUCUGCAGAACAUGCUGGAUCUGCCCACGUGGCUCUCCAUCAGCCGUGUUUACUGCAACAAAGCCGCUAUCAGAAUCCAGUGGACGAAAUUAAAGACGAGCCCCAUAUGCCUGUUUCUUGACAAGGUGGAAGUAGAGAUGAUGACUUGUGAGGAGCCCCGCCCUCCUAAUGGUCCCUCCCCCAUUGCCAUCACUGCAGGUCAAAGUGAGUAUGGCUUUGCAGAGAAGGUUGUAGAGGGCAUGUCAGUCAUCAUUAACUCCAUCGUUAUUAAAGUGAAGUCCAGAGCGUUUCACGCCUCCUUCGAGCUCUGGCAGCUUCAGGGCUUCAGUCUGAACCCCAAGUGGCAGAAGAGUGACCUCAGACACACACGAAUCACACACCCUAAGAGAGGAGAGGUGCUGACCUUUAAAGAAAUUAGUUGGCAGAGUUUGCGUAUCGAAGCAGACGCUAUAGAGAGCGAGGAACAGGAUUUGGGGAACACACCGCUACGCCUCAUCACCAACCAGGGCCGCAUUCGGAUCGCUCUUAAACGCAGGGUAAAGGACUGUAAUGUUCUGGCGUCGAAGCUGCUCUUCAUCCUGGACGACCUGCUGUGGGUUCUGACCGACUCUCAGCUUAAAGCCGUCAUCCAUUACGCUAAAUCUCUGAGUGAGGCCAUGGAGAAAUCCACACAGCAGAGGAAGAGCAUGGAGACCGUCCCUACCUCUCCUGGACCCCGUCCACCGUGGCCAGAGCCACAGACAGUUCCCAUGGCAACGCCCAACACCUUAGCAGAGUAUUUCGACCUUUAUGACGUGAAGGAGUCGUCAUAUCACACGUUUAUUUCUCGCCUUGACCUGCACAUCUGCAACGACAGCACAUCAUCAGAAACAGAUGAACCCCCUAUUCCAGGCUCCCAGGGUGCAAUGCAGCUGACCUUUCGUAAACUGGGCUUUGACUAUUACCCCUUCCACAGACCAGGCGAUGGCUGUCGACACUGGGAGCGUUACUGCAGUGCUUUGGACUCUCGCACUCAGUGGGCGUCCAAACUGCUGCAGGACUUUCAGAAGAAACUGGAGAGCGCAGGAUUUCCCCAACCUUCAUCUGAAUCUCGUGAGACGAGUACACAGUCUCCGGCCAAAAAAAUACACAAUGGUGAGUCCGUUACAAACUCUCAUGAAAGUUUGGCUUUAAAGAAACUCCGCUCCAGCUGCAUGGUGAUCCGUGUGGACGAUCUGGACAUCCACCAGGUGUCCAACAGGGGGCGUCACAGCAAGAAAACCCAGUCGCUCUUAUCGUGUAACCGCAAAGUGCUGAACAUGGCGGAGAACAUGCCUGCGAUCCACCUGCAGUUUACGGAGUACUACUUCCCUCACAGCGCUGAAGGGCCGGUGCCCUGCUCUAAUCUGUACGGGCAGCUGAAUGGUCUGCAGCUGUGUGUGGACGCUGCGAGUGUGUUGUGGAUGUACGUGUUUUGUCACGGUUUGCUGACGACUCUGGAGCAGGUGAAGGCUUUUUAUCACCUGCAGGACAGCAGCAAGACUGAUGAACACGUGGACGUCAGAGUGGACACUACGCAGCUGAAGCUGAUUGUUCCUCUCGACUCGUCUAUCUUGGAUCACCCUGAUCGUCCACAUGCUCUGGGUUUCACUCUCUCUCAGGCGUUUCUAAGCAACACCCAUCACUCUCCUCACUCGUCCUUCUCCGACCUGGAGUCCACGUUCUCUUCUUUUUCCGCUCAGCCGUUUUUUCGACCCUCACCAACCUCGCCCUUUCCUCGUGACCAGAACAUCUUGCAUCCUCUUCCUCCAGCGUUCCAAAAGUCUGAUACCUCGCUCUCACUCUCACGUUCAUCUUCACGGGACGUGUGGAGUCUCAGCUUGUCCCGAGCAGCGGGGUGUUUUGAGGGUGCACAGCGAGGAGGCAGAGCACCGCCAUUCAUGGAGCCGUUCGCGGCGUGUGUAUGGAUGUGCCGCCCUCAAGCUUUAACGAGGUCAUUAAGUCAAGAAAGAUCAUCACCAAAUGCAGAAAAUGGUGCUGAAAAACCGUCCAAUCAGGACACUCCAUCAGCAUCCAUCCACUUCCUGGUUCAGUCCAUCACUCCAGUCAGAAUGUGGCUCAGUCAUUAUCAGUAUGUUGCUCUGCUCCGGAUGAAGGAUUAUCUCGCUAGGUUAACCUCCGACCUCAGUCGCUUUCCCAGUGCAGUGACUAAACUGGUGGCUCCUCCCACAGUGUGCGUCUCGCUGCUCUUGGAGGUGCUGGAGCUCGGUUUGCUUCUUCCACCCAUCGUUGGGAAAACCGAAGACGAAGAAGUGCCGGAGGAAACAGACACGCAAAGCCUGACUGACUCUGAUCUCUCGCCGUCGCAGCCAGACAGCGGGAUUGUGGGAAGCACGGGAAAAACGCUGGAACGGGACAAGGAGGAGUGUGGCGGAGCAGGGGAGGGGCCUGUAGAGGAGGCAUGCGAGGCUGUUGAAGAGGGAUUGGACGAAGGGAGUGGUCAGGAAGGCGAAUCCCAGGUCGCGACCUCAGUCGUUUCUCUACCGCCAUCUCCGGCUACAGUGCUGCAGAAUCAGAACACUUCCAUGGUCAGCCUGGAGGGGGAGCUCUCCAACGCACUCAGUGUGACCAAAGACGUGACUAAAGACGCCCUGAGCGCUUCACUGGACCUCACCAAGGGGGCGCUGUCCAUCACGAAAGACGCUCUCAGCAUCCUGAGCCGCGGCUCUGCCAUGAGCAAAAUAUUCAGCGCUCAGAGCAAAGAACCAGAAGACUCCGCUCUGCGUCUGCCACCUCUCACGCACUCGAUUUCCCACAAUUCCUGUGACAGCGUGGUGAUGGACUCCAGCGUGGCUGACGAUGGCCUCUCAUUGGACAGCGAUACGAGCGAAAACUUCGUCAUUGUCACAGACUUGGAGUCCACUCGUCCUAACGGAACUCCCGUCCACUCGGUGAAGACAGACGGAGGAUCAUCGGCUGAUCUGAGCAGCUCUCUGUCUCACAGUACUGAGGACAUGUCUCAGGAUAUGGUGUGUGUGCUGCUGCUGUCUGUGCGUGCUGUUCGCGCUCUGAUGGAGCUCCAUGCCCAGGACACGGUGGUGGCGAUGGAGGUUCAGUCUGUUAUGCCAAAGCACCUGGGAAACCAGCGAGUGUUGGACCUGCAAACGCUCACCCACGGUGCUCCCUCUCCGCCUGUGUCCCCUGUGUCCCACCCCCCGGUGGUGUGUCUGAGAGUGGAGGUGGGACCAGGGGCGGGGCGCCACUGCUGUACAGCGGAGAGUGCAGGUUUCGUAGAGGUGUGUGUGCGUGGGUGCGAGGCCGAGCUGCUCACCUCAACAAUAAACACGCUCGGGCCGUUCAUGGAGGACGAGCUGAACUCAGACGUCCAGCCAAUCAGAAUCACCGUACACAACACCCGCAUCACACUCAAGGAUGAUGGUCCCCGUGUGUAUCCCACUGCCCCCCAGCCUAUUCCCGUCUCUUUUUUCCUGGAUGGUGUCGUUCUGGAGCGGCUGGAUGACACCAUGCUUAUAGUCAGACCCACUGCCAGCCAAUCAGGAGACAAAGCCUGCUGUGGACCUGAAGGAGAUGACAAGAUCCAGGCCCUACAGUUUGAGCUUGCUGAUGUUCACUCUGCCCUCUCCACUGCUGUCUCCGACCGAGAACGUCUCUUAGAAGAAAUCCGCAAAUACGACCCGUCCUUCACCCUAUGACCUCACACCACUACUGGGCAAAGGUCAGAGGUCAUGGCUCAAACACAAGAACCAAACCUGUCUGGAAGGAAUGAGUGUUAACGUCUGUGUUCUCUUCCUGCUCAAAGAACAACCAGGUGCCAUAAUGAGUUUUACUUCCUGUUAGUGACCAUUACAGUGUUAUUGAUUUUAUUUUAUAUUGAUUUUACAUUUUCUUUUAGUUUGUUGUAAAUAGACUGGGACAGUGCGUAGAGGCUUAACACUUCAGCUUAUCACUGAAGCGUGUGUGUGUGUGUGUGUGUGUGUGUGUGUGUGUGUUGUAUUGCUGCAAAAUAUUCCUCAGCCUUUAAUAGUUCAUAAAAUCUGAGUAACAUUUCUCAAUAUUUUUGACGCAGUGAACAACUUCUUUCCUAAAACCCUCAAGUGCGCAAGUGAAGUGAAGUGAAGGGUUUGUAAAAAGUGCGAAUUAGAACACAACCGUAAAUGCCAGAUACUUUGGCAAGACCACAGUAGUGCUAGUGUUAUUAUUAUUAUUAUUAUUGUUGUGUGUGACGACUCACUUCCCAGCACAUGCAGAUUUUAUUUUUAAGUGAUGUUUUGGUACUGGAAGUGUGUGUGAAAUUCGCUCCAAGUGUUUGUUUUUCUUUCUUUCUUUUACUUUUGUUCUCUCUCUCUUUUUUUUUCUCCACAUUUGAUUUGCACAAACCUGAAAAUGUGACCCGGGCGGUGUUGAUGUGAUCUGCGUGCUCGACUCUCGCUGCUUUAGCUGUUUCAAAUCAAGUGUAACGGUUUGCGGUGUUAAAUCGUCUGGUGUAUUCCGGAGGCCUGUAUUUCCACAUUCAGUGGCUUGUUAUAACAUGUAAUUAUAGUAUCGGUAGUCGGGUGGAAGGUCGGUGCAGAUGGUGGAGUGUAAAUACUUUAACAGUUUGUUUGUUUGCAAGGAGGCGAGGCAGAUAACCAGCAGCACCAUUUUAUACUCUUAAGGUUCUGAGUUUCAGCCCCGUGUCGCCCCAAUGCCAUGUUAACACUAAUAUCCAAACUCUGGUACGUUAAUAAGUGUACAUGUCAGGAAUAAGAACACGUCACAGGUCCUGUCGUUAUUCGGAGGAAAAUAAUCCCUGACUGGGAAGUGGAUUCUUUUCCUAAACAGCACUAGUGUUUUAUUCCUCUGGUACCUCAGCAGUUUAGUAAAGCUACAGUCACACUACAGCUCAUUCCCAGUCAUUAUGGGAAACACCUGAUACUGAUUUGAGCGCA